AUGACACUUUAUUUAGCCGUAUUUGUUUAUGGGUUAUGUGGUGCUGCAAGAGGGUUCGAUGAAGGUAAUAUUUCAGGAAAUAUUAGUUUACCUUCAUUUCAAACUAGGUUUGGUCUUAAUGAUCCUACAAAAACUCCAAAUCAACUUGCUGAUUUAAAAUCAAAUAUCACUUCUAUGGUUCAAUUAGGUUCUAUCGGGGGAAGUAUUCUUGCUAUGUAUACCGUUGAUAAAUUAGGUAGAGUUAGAGCUUUACAAGCAGUUUGUAUUUUAUGGGUUGUGGCUGCUGCUAUUCAAAUCUCUUCAUCUUCAGUGGGUCAAUUAUAUGCUGGUAGAUUACUUGAAGGGUUAGCUAUCGGUCAAACUACAACUAUUGGUCCAAGUAUGUCAGAAAUUGCUCCAAGUAGAAUUAGAGGUCUUUGUGUUUCAAUCUUUUCCGGUGCCGUUUAUUUCGGUAUUAUGUUGGGUUAUUUUGUUAAUUAUGGUUGUGUUCUUACUGUUCCAAAUGAUUCAGAUAGACAAUGGAGAAUCACUAUAAGUUUAAAGAUUAUAUUAGCUGGUUUAAUAUUUAUUCUUUCCUUUUUAUUUCUUAUUGAAUCUCCAAGAUGGUUAUUAAAAGUUAAUAGAGCUGAGGAAGCAGUGGAAAAAUUAUCAAAAUUAAGACAUUUACCUCCUGAUCAUCCUUAUAUUGUGGCUGAAAUUAGUGAUAUUAAUGAACAAGUCUUAGCUGAAAGAGAAGCUACUCAUGGUUAUAAUGUUUUCCGUAAAUUGAAAGAUAUUAUCAUGGUUAAAUCUUUAAGAUAUAGAUUCUUUGUUCUUUGUGCCAUGGCUCAAAUCUUAGGUCAAUGGUCUGGUGCUAAUGCUGUUACUAUUUAUGCAUCUCAAUUAUUUAGUUUUGCAGGUGUGGUUGGAACUGAUCAAUUAAAAAUGUCGGCUAUUUUAGGAGUUGUCAAAUUCGUUUCAGCUUAUAUUUCAGCUUUCUUCUUUAUUGAUUUCCUCGGUAGAAGAAAAGCUCUUUAUAUUGGUCUUACUUUACAAUUAUUCACUAUUUUAUAUUUUGCAAUUUUCAUGACCAUUGUUCCAGAAGCUUCAAAUGCAACAGCUGUUUUAACUUCAUCUCAAAAGGCUGCUGCUAAAGGUGCUCUUGCUGCUAUUUUCCUUUCUGGUACUGGUUGGACUUUUGGUUGGAAUAAUAUUCAAUAUUUAUUAGGUUCAGAAUUAUUCCCCUUAAAAAUCAGAUCUUUCGCUCAAUCUUUAGUUAUGGUCUUACAUUUUGCUAAUCAAUAUGGUAAUUCGAAAGCUUUACCAGUUAUGAUUCUUGCUAUGACUAAUUAUGGAGUAUUUUAUUUCUUUGUUGGUAUAAUGGUUAUUGGAUUAUUUUGGUGUUGGUUUUUCCUUCCAGAAGUUGCUGGUAGAUCUUUGGAAUCAAUGGAAGAAAUCUUUAAUUUACCAUGGUAUGUUAUUGGUAGAAAAGGUCCUGAAUUAUGUCCUGAUUACUCUGAAAUUAAUAAAAUCAGUCAUACUGAUUCAAGAGGUAAUACUUAUGUCGAUCACGUUCAUUAUAACGUUGACAUUUCCAAAGUAAAUCAAGAAUUCAUUGAAGAUAUUGAAUUAAAGCAAGGUAAGAGUGAUGGUCACUUAUUCCAAAGUUCAAGUAAUGAUCAAUUGCUUCAAAGUACAAGUAAUGAUGGAUUACUUGAAAGAGAGUCUUAA